AUGCCUCCUAUGCCACCUUCAGCUCAGAGGCAUGGCCCAACUUGGUUCGAUAAGCUGAAAAUGGGAGCCCUAAUGGGAGGAACUGUUGGUGGAAUAAUGGGGUUCAUCUAUGGCACCGUCACAAUCUUCCAAUACGGCGCAGGUCAUGCCGGCGUGAUGAGAACAUUGGGAAAAUACAUUGUAGGGUCAGGAGCUACAUUCAGGUUGUCUUCAUGGGCAUUGGCAGUCUCAUCCGAACCGACUCUCCUCAAAUGGCAGCUUCAGUAUGGGCACGAUCGAGACAUCCUCCUCUGGUACACCCCCGGCGCGAUCGACCCCAUUUUCAGCGAUGAUGGCUUGCGACAAAGCCCUGAGCGCUGA